ACUAUCCAAAUUCAGUCUUACCACCAGUAUCACCACCGAGUGUGUGACCAUGGCGCUUCCGUUUCUCGCCCAAUUCCCGGUAAUCUCACCCUUCCCGUCCACUUCAAAAUCCGGCAACCUUACCUCCUCCUCUUCCGUCAGACUGCAACCGCCACGUGUCAGUCACCUGACGGAGAAGAGCAAGAGCAAGAGAAAGCCACCACUCUUCAGUUCAAUCAAAGCUGUCGACGAAAGCCAAGCGGAUUCCGACACCAAGCCAAAAGGAGAGUCGAAGGCGUCGGCGAGUGAACCCGGCGAGUUGAGCGAGUUGGGGGCGGAGAUCAAGAAGGCGAUGUCGGAGAGGAAGGAGAAGGAGAAAGAAGGAGGAGGCGGCGAUUUGUUGAGUGGAGUGGCGGAGGAGAUUAGGGAGAUCGAGUGGCCUGUGUUCGGCAAGGUCUUGGGGACUACUGGAGUUGUGCUUGGGGUUAUUGCCGGCUCCAGCGUCGUUUUGCUCACUGUCAAUGCCGUUUUGGCCGAGCUGUCCGACCGGGUUUUCGCCGGCAGGGGCGUUCAGGAUUUUUUCGGCUGAGAGACAAAAUGUACAUUAUUUUUGGGUCAUCUGACUCGUUUCUUUUAUGUUCAAUAACACAUUAUAUUUUAGCUUAACUUAAUAGCAGCAUUGUAUAUCGAAAAUUUUUGAAGAAAUUGUUCUUGUUUUUCCUU